AUGUUCAUAGUCUUUCAUCUACGUUUUUACUGUAAUUUGUACUUUAUCCUCAAGGAUGGGUUAAAUCGAGAAGAGCUUAACUUUUUGGAAGAAUCAUUUCAUGCGUUGCAAAAAAGUAAGGCCGCGCGAUGGAAUAAAAAACUGUAUUGGGUAUCACCGAAGGAAUUACCCAGAAUCCGGCAGUUGAAUAAGAUGAAGAAAAAAGGGAAGCGUAUUUAUUAUUACGAUGACCAUGAACUAGAAGGAGUGAUACCUCAUUUAUCGGGAUGUGCUCGCACAGAAGGUUACUAUAAGUUAUCUCACAAAGAAAAAAGAGGUGUUUUACGAAGGCCAGAUAUUUUUCUGAAUGAAAUAAAUGAAAAAGAAGAAGACAAAAACCGAUUAUUGAUGCAAUCGUCGCGAGAGGCUCGUAAUACCAAUCGACGCUUGUUAACAACAAUGGGUGAUUCCUCUUCUGAUAUAUUCAAAGUCAAUCAGCUUAAGUUCCGCAAAAAACUUGUUAAAUUUGCACGCUCGCGAAUUCAUGGUUGGGGCUUGUAUGCAAUGGAAGCGAUAGGCCCUGAUGAAAUGAUCAUUGAAUACAUCGGACAAAAAAUACGACCUACAGUGGCAGAUGAACGUGAGAAGCAUUACGAAAGACGUGGAAUGGGUUCCAGCUAUUUGUUCCGUAUUGAUUCUGAUAAUGUAAUUGAUGCUACACAAAUGGGAAAUUUGGCUCGAUUCAUUAAUCAUUCAUGUCAACCGAAUUGUUAUGCAAAAGUUGUUGUUGUUGAUGGUGAAAAAAGAAUUGUUAUCUACAGCAAGUUACCGAUCGAGAAAGGCGACGAAAUAACUUAUGAUUAUAAAUUUCCAAUUGAAGAAGAUAAAAUUGAUUGUCUUUGUGGAGCACCAGGCUGUCGUGGAUCGUUAAAUUAA